UCGGACAGCAGAUAGUUAUCUGCACAAGGUGGGGCAUGGUAAUGUUCGCUGCAACAACCGAUACGGCCCUAACUGAAUAAAUAUUGUAACUGUACACCCGCAGUGGCCGCGUUUAGUACGAUAAUUCCGUUGACAGUAAUCAUACUAACAGACUCCACGUCAGUGUAUGGCUUCUGAGCCACAAACAAAAAAAACCCGGGUGUUUAAUUACUGAAACCUAAUGAUUGGCUCAUUCUGGAAUUUGUGUAGAGCUUGUCCCUCGAUGCCCGUCGAUAAGCUUCACUCCGAAUAUCGGAGUACUUACCGAUGGCAUGAGUAUACUGGGCCCAGGCAAGAAGUAGUGAGGAGACCUCCACAAGCCAAUGCGGUGCCAGCAGCUGGUCUAGCGAACGAUCAUAACUCUAAGAAUACCGCCGAAGAUGACUUCCAAACUGAUUCCGCGCCCAAGCAAGAACCAGCGAUGCCUAGAAGGAAAAAAUACCCCGAUUUAGCGUACAGACACCACGAAUUUCUAAUAAGUGACGGAGUGGCCGGCGGGGUAGAUACUAGGGCAAGGUCGGAAGAACGAUUUGGGUCUCAGUGGAGGCCUUCCAGGCGCAGCAAGUCGGAGGGACCCUCGCGUAGUGGCGUAUCAGAGGAUCCGGGAGAACGGCGUAGAGAAUCGGACUCUGAUGUGGAAAAUAUGGGUCGUGAGAACGGUCUUCUGCGGAAAGCGAUUUCAAAAAUUAGCACCGAAUAUCGUCGACAAUUCGCUUGGCCUUCUGGUCAUACGUCGCGAGGAGACGAAAUAGACUCUGCUCCACGAAAAUCGCAAUCAAUGGGAGCUCUUAAGGCGAACGCUAACGCUAUGGUCCACAAAAAACGGAUCGAUAACGAAAAUAGAGACGCGAGCGAAUUGGAGCCGUUGGUAGAUGAUAAAUGCAAUCGAGAAAAAUCGAAGGAAGAUUUUAAUAGUGAGUAUAAAAAAAAGUUUAGGCCAUUUAGUCAUUACCAAUAUAUAAGUGGACGAUUUUCUUCAUCCCAACGACUGCGUGCUGAAAUUGAAAAUGUACAUAAAGAUUUUUCUGCAGACUUGGAUAAUGACUCAUCAUGGUACCGCGAAGUUGUUGAGCUUCGCAAAAAGGCCGGAGAGUACAAGCAUCGUGGAUGGGGUAGUGAAUUGGCCCCGGAGAGAUUAGCGGAUAUUUAUAACAAACAAGUCGAAUUAUGGGACCAGGUAUCAAGAAGGAGCUCUUUAUCGGCAUUGUCCCUAGCUUCCCACAUGACAAAAACUUAUACGAAAGACGAAAAGGAUGACGACAAUAAUCGAAAAAGUUCACCGAAUAAAGCGUAUCGGAAUGCCGAAAAUAACGCCAGAAUGAUUAGAGAUAUUAUCAGGCACCAUUUGGAACGUACCACAGGCGGACCAGAUUUCGACGGUUUAAUACUGUCGCCGACUAGAGAAAAACUCGAACCGACCAUACCUAGAAAGGACGACGAUUCUCGGGGUUCUCAGAAGAACAGUCCCAAGAAAAGUUCUCCGAUGAAAACCACAAAACGUGGCAGUCAAAAGGGAAAACAAGGCGGGCCCCAAAAAUUGCGUUCCCAAUCCGUCGGACCUACUAGCGAGCCGAUCGAAAAAACGGAAAGGCAAUCACCUAAACGCCAAUCGAGAUCUUCGGUAAAAGAAGGAAGAAAAUCGACUUCGAACACACCUUCGAACAAAAGACCUCGCCCCUCCUCCCUGAACACCACCGCCUCAUCCCAAUCUAAAUCCAGUUCGGUAGUAACUAAAAAUGAAGACGAUCGAUUGGCCAAAUCAAAUAAAAAUAAAUCAUUAGGUACAAUAGACUCAUCUAAGCAAAACCAAAAAGUAGGCAGAAAAGGAAGCGACGAAGCUGGCGAGCAUCCAAAAUCGGAAACGAUAAUUACGAACGAAGCAAAGAAGAACGAAGUUAACGAAGAGCCGGGAAGUAUAGACUACGAGCCAGUUGUCAAAUCACCGCCAGAACCUACGAGGGUAAAAUCGCCCGAGCAAAUUAUCAUGCGAUCUCCUGAUCCCGUCAACUGGACUGUGCCUUUGGACACUGGCAAAACGUUUACAGUCACACAAAACGUUCACGAAGGCGACUUAGGCAGCCGACCUCACAGUGAAGUGAAAGCCUGGACACCCCCGGAAAUGCCGCCUCCCGUGGCCCAGUCGGCCCCGCCCAUGCUGACUGAUGAUAAGUCUAAGGAACAAGCAGGUAUGGAUUUAGCAGUGAAAGCAUGAGCUCGGGCCGAGGCAGGGUCAUUACUGCACAGUGUAAGACUUCCUCAUCCACCAUAGUACGUUCCCGUAAGUACAAUGCACCACCGUCAGCGAACAAAAAAAAGGAAGUAAAGUCGAAAACGAGCACAUUGUACUGUGCCGUUACAAACAGGGUAGUAGCCAAAAAUUCAAUAGACACUUGUGAAAUGAAGUACCGUUUACGAAGCCCGCUGCCCUUAUUUAAGCCACAUUUAGCCUCUGUAAUAAUUAAACGUUUAACGCUUAGGAAUACAUACGUUUCAUGCUGUCCAAUCUGUACCGAGUCCGUCAUAUUUCAUAGCAGGAAGUCUCAACCUUUUUACUUUUAGCUAAACCGACGGAAAAAUGUUCCAACGUCCCGUUUUUUACGAAAUUUCGAAUGAAACCCGAUCUCUUAUCAGUGCACUCGUGUUUCUGCCGAAGAGGUUUAUUAACUUAACAUUGUCGUUGAUAUAACGUUCGUAUAUAUUUUGUGUAGAUGCCUUCGCUUGCAUACUUUUAUCGUUAAUUUAGCGUACAUCGAACGCACUUAUUUAUUGAUAUUAUAAAUUGGUAAAGAGUUAUAUAUAUAUAAAGUUUCUGUUAA